AGAAGGCACGAUACCCAAAAUAUCAAAGAAAAAACACACUGCUUCUUUUACCUUCUCUUCUCUUCUUCUCUUCUUCCACGUCCACGCGUAUCCACACAACAUCUAUACAUACAUCAACUUCCACAUCUAUAUUCCCUCUCUUUGCUUCCAUUAAACUCCAAAGAAGAUCUCUUCUUUUCAUAUAUCUCUUUUAACUCAAUCCUAUAUCAAUGGAGAAGGAAGACUUGUACGCUGUUAUGGAUUUGGACAACGAAUGUACACAAGGAGAUCUCAAACUUUCUUACAAGAACCUUGUUCUGAAAUGGCAUCCAGAUCGGUUUCAUGAAGAGAUUAAGAAAGAAGAAGCCAAGAUGAAGUUCCAAUCCAUUCAACGAGCCUACUCCGUUUUGUCGGAUUCGAACAAGAGGCUGCUGUAUGACGUCGGUGCGUAUGAUAGUGAUGACGACGAAACUGGAAUGGCUGAUUUCAUAAAUGAGAUGGUGACACUAAUGGCUCAAACUCAAUCUACGGGGAACGAAAGCUUAGAGGAAUUUGAAGAGUUGUUUGAAGAAUUGUUGAAGGAUGAUGUGAACGAUCAAUUCAUCAAAACUCGUUCGUCUUCGUAUUCGCCAUUUAGUAGCACAUCUACUACUUCGGUCCACAGCGAUGAUUUAUCAAAUGAUAUUCCAAACAAAAUGAACACUCGUGACAAAACUAUGGUUGUAUAAGUUCUAGUAAGGUUUGUAGGGUGGUCCAUGGACGAGAUUUCCCGUUGUCGUGUUGCUAAGAUAUGGUAUAUGUAUACAAUAAGUUGAACCUUCUAGGUCGUUUGAACCUUGUUUUUGAGGUAUGUAAGGUUCGUGAGAGAGAAUGAGUUUGUGUCUACUACAUUAAAACACAAUGCAUACGAAAAGUGUACAAGAAAACCUAAAACCCAAUUAAAUUAAAGCAACAGACAGGAAUCUAGCGUUCGAUAAAGCUAGAAUACUCGUA